AUGUCUUCUGCUACUACCUUUUACGACUUCAAGCCGCUCGACAAACGCGGCCAAGAGGUGGCCCUCUCCGACUACCGCGGCAAGGUCGUCCUCGUCGUCAACACCGCCUCCAAGUGCGGCUUCACCGGCCAGUACGCCGGUCUCGAGAAGAUCUACAAGAGCGUCACCGCCAAGCACCCCGACGACUUCGUCGUCCUCGGCUUCCCCUGCAACCAGUUCGGCGCGCAGGAGCCCGGCACGAACGACGAGAUCCAGAGCUUCUGCCAGGUCAACUACGGCGUCACCUUCCCCAUCAUGCAGAAGAUCGACGUCAACGGCGACAAGGCCGCGCCGCUCUACGAGUGGCUCAAGGGCGAGAAACCCGGCCUGCUCGGGCUGAAGCGCAUCAAGUGGAACUUUGAAAAGUUCCUCGUUGGCCGCGACGGCAAGGUCGUCGGCCGCUGGGCGAGCACCACCGCCCCGGAGUCGCUCGAGAAGGACAUCGUCGCCGAGAUCAACAAGAAGGCCGAGUGA